AUGAUAAUUAUCAAUCCAAUUGCUUGUAUAUCAAUGAAAGAAUAUGGCUCAACAGUUGAUGAAAAUAGUGAAUCAUUGAAGCCUAUUGAAAAUUUAGAUGACGAUAGAAACAAUUUAGAUGUUAAACAAGAAGACAAACAAGAUACUUCCGAUGAUUAUGAUGAUCAUGAAGAUAUGAAUCUAUAUGAUAUUCAAAGAAAUAUUAUUGGUGCCAAUCAACAACAAAGAUUUAAAAUCGAUUAUCGUUAUAAAGAUCUGGAACUUUUAUCUGAUUAA